CAACUGCCACACCGGCGUCUAGCCCUCUGCAGGCUGUGCCCACACUAUGCCAGGGGGCCCCUCACACACCGGCCAGGGCAGACAUUGCGGGCACUAGGAGCUGGCACGGCGUACAACUUCCAUUAACAAGGAGGGGCACUGGGCACAGACAGACGGGAGCAGCAGGGAUCAAUGUGCACAGGGAAUCAUGGGCUCUGAGGAAGAAGAGUUUAACUUUGUCUUUAAAGUGGUUCUGAUUGGAGAGUCCGGGGUGGGCAAAACCAACCUCCUCUCCAGGUUUACGAGGAACGAGUUCAACCACGACAGCCGCACCACCAUUGGAGUGGAGUUCUCCACCCGCACGCUAACGAUAGAUGGGCACCUGGUGAAAUCGCAGAUCUGGGACACCGCUGGCUUGGAACGCUACAGAGCUAUUACCUCUGCUUAUUACAGGGGAGCAGUUGGGGCUCUCUUGGUCUAUGAUAUCACCAAGCAUCAGUCGUAUGAAAGUGUGGACCGUUGGCUGAAGGAGCUUUAUGACCAUGCCGAUGCCAGCAUUGUAGUCAUGUUGGUUGGGAACAAGUGUGACCUGAAGGAUGAAGCCCAGGAGGUGCCAUCAGAGGAGGCCAAGGCCUAUGCAGAGAGGAACGGACUGCUCUUUAUAGAGACGUCAGCCUUAGAUGCCACCAACGUAGAACUGGCCUUUGAAUCUAUCCUGCGAGAUAUCUACAUGAGAGUUCUGAAGUCCAAGGGGGAAACUCAACAGCCAAGUACGAUAAACCUGUCCAAAGAGGCUUCUCCUACCCAGUCGAUCACCCUGGUGACUGAGCAGAAGAGAUCUUGCUGCCAGAGCGUCUAGACUGCGGCCAAAAUCCCAAGGAGAAAAAGUCUCAGCAGAUGAAGAAGAGUUGGAGGCCACCGAUCCAGCAAUGGACUUGAUCCCUCAUUGUUAAGAUCUAGUAAUAGCAGAGAGGGCUUUGGUGCUUACUGACACCUAGAACAUUGGUAGGCACCAUGACCAUGUCUGAUGGAUAACAAACCAGUUGCACCAAACAUUCCACCAUCAUGAUAAAAGGUUGACCUGACAUGGCAAGAAAAACUCUCCCCCACCUCCCUCGUCUCUCCCCCAUACUCAACUUGCACAGAGUAUUACUUAUCUCUAGCCACCAGUGCCUCCAAGAAGCCCCUCUUCGUCCCACCACCCAACUACUGAAGGCAAGUUCAGCCAAUCCCAGCUAUUUAAUGAUAUUAUAUUGGGACCAUAAAGCAGAAGAGAUAGUAACUGAGAUGCCAACUUAUUUAUUAUUAUUGGAUGCAUUUCCUGAUUGAUCUUGUAUCAGAUAACUGCUCAGAGGAAUUAUGGGAAAAAUAGUGUAUAUAUAUAUAUAUCUUAACUUUUUAAAUUUGCUCUUUAACCCCUUACGCUACCAGGAAUCAAGCAGACUGAAUCACGCAAGGCUCCUCUCUAUUACUGUAUGUGUUUAUGAACCCGCGCAGGGCAGAAAUUGAGCAGCUUAUAGAGUAAGCAAAACAAAACAUGAGUAAAUCACUGUUUCAUAUAAAUAAAGCCUUUCCUAUACGUUACUGAGCCUUUGGGCCACUGCCAUUAAAAGCACUAAAGUCCAACCUCUGGCAUUUAUGAGGCACUGUGCUCACACACAAACCGAGGGCACACAAACAUGCUAGGUUACAUCAGCCAAUGAAUGGACAGAGCGGAGAGCUGUGCCUAUCACUCCCACACACUACUUCCUGUUACACAUAUUACUUCCUGUCAAUUGAUCAGCAAGAACAAAAUGGUGCAAGAUAUAACUGGGCAGUAUUUACUGAUGUGUACACUAUUAAGGGGGCAGAAUUUGAGAUGAUGGCAAAAAAACAUGGCACUGUGUAUUUGUACCCUCAGAGCAUUGUGCUUCUGCUAGUAAAUGAGCCCUUAAGGUGCCAUCUUUUAGUAAGUAUGGAGGAGAGGCUCAUGGGAGAGCCGGUAACGGAUAUUAACAGUGACCAAACAUGGCUCAUCCUGUGAUACCCUCAAGGCAAUUUCAUGAUCACAAAAUUAACCCUUAAUAAAGGUAUUAUUGAA